AUGGUUACGUCACUCGGCCCCAUCUUUCCAAACACCAGACGCGCCGUCAUCUCCUACAGGCCAGGCGCUUCAAGGCCCACAACAUCGACCACCAUCAAUCAACCACCAAGAAACAUUAGCAGCCAAGACCUACCUCCUCGGCAUCCAUUGCUACGGAUCGACAAGGACCACACACCCGUUCCCACCAUGCUCCCCUCCCCGGCCCUUAGCCUCACCCUACCGAGCCUUCACGACGGCACAAUACUCGCCGUACGCGUCUAUCAUCCCUGGCCGCUGUCGCCCUCUCCGAAAGCCCCGCCAUGGUGCCAUCACGCCGCUGUCGUCGCCCACCCCUAUGCCCCCAUGGGCGGCAGCUACGAUGAUGCCAUCGUCGGCCUCGUCGCCGAGACCCUCUUGCGUGCCGGCUUCCUAGUCGCUACCUUUAACUUUCGUGGCGCACAUGGCUCCGCCGGCAGGACCUCGUGGACCGCAAAAGCUGAGCGCGCCGACUACAUGUCCGUCGCCGGCUUCGUCUGCCACUACGCCCACUUCCUCGACCCCUUCCACCACGGCGCGUUCAACAGCCGACCCAUCACACCUAUCCCCGACACUGAAGACGAGCGGCAAACAACCCCUCCGUCUACGCGACAUGCGUUGUCCUCAUCCUCGCCGCCUCCGCCCACCUCUCCUCUAUCCCCACUCCUCCUCCUCGCCGGCUACUCCUACGGCGCCAUGAUAACCACCCAGAUCCCCUCCCUGCCGACCAUCCUACAGCACUUUACAUGCCCCGAAGCCGGAUCCAACGCUGCCGAGAUCCGUCUGCGCGCCCACAGCCUGGCCGACUCGCAAAACACCAUCCUGGGCGCCGCCCGCCGCGCCGCAGAGCGCGAACGCCGCGGCCUGGGCGAUUCGCCCCGCAAGUCCCUGGGCUUGCGCAUCGGCGGCGACGAGGACCUGACCGCCCGCCGCAAGAGCCACGACCGCUCGCCGCUGCGCGCUUCCUUUGACGACGCCGAGGAGAAGCUGCGUCGCGGCGUUGCGGACCUCCUGGCCAAGACGAGUAGGCACCACCACCACCCGUCGCUUCCCGGGCAGGUUGGCGUACCGCAGAGGGCUGUGAGUGUCGGAGGUGUGCGGCGGUCUGUGUCCGACAGGAGGUCCGUGUCUUCGCCACACGCCGGCAGGCCGCCGAGUGGUCAAGGGGAGGAGGCCCAGUUGCUCGAGGAAGAGCAGGAGAAUAGGACAGCAGAAGGGCAGAACUCGGCCGAAAAGACCAAAGUGGAGAAACUGCCAGUUUUGGAGCACCCGCCGAACCCCAGAACCGCUUAUUUGAUGGUGUCUCCGCCGUUGAGUAUAGCAGGGAACCUGACGACCCUGUCAUUUUCCCUUCCAGGGCUUACUCGGAGGGCAAAAUCAACGAGAAGGUCUUCCAGCCAGCUGCCAACAACAGUCAUGACAGACGGGGAGCUCGAUGCAGGGGGAAUGGCGGGGAAUUCCACACAAAAGCCUGUGACGGCCAAGGCUGUCAGGGCAGCCUCGACCAUGCUUCCCCCAUCAAGCGAUUUCGAGGAGGCGGAGCAGAAGCUCGUCGAAAGUCCAUCUCUGGUAGUGUACGGCGACAGUGAUGUCUUUGUGUCCAAUCGUCGCAUGAGGGAAUGGGCGGCCAGGCUCCAGGGGGUCCCAGGGUCCAAAUUCCGGGCGCACGAGGUUUCUUCUGCAGGUCACUUUUGGCAAGAAACAUCGGGAUCCGGGGGUGGCGAGCCGGUCGCUGGCGUGCUUGUGCAUGCUGUUGGUACUUUUGCUGAGGGGCUACUCAAAGACGUAGUGCCCGGUUGA